UAAACAACUCUAGCGCAGGCCCUCUUUCGACCCUCCGCAUCCAUCAUCAAGCUCUCUCGAGUGAACACACUACUAAACACAGUGUUUCUCUCUGCCGUUGCUUCGAGUGUGGUUGAAUACACCACCGUCGUUGCUAGUAGCGCGCUUUACUAUGCAUGUUCGCACAGGCCAUGAGAGAUGGUUGGUACUUGAGAUUGGCUUCAGGGAUUUUGAGAUUGAGGUCAUACGAUUUUAGACACCGUACUGAUGUCAUCGAAACUCGGAACGAAUAAUGCUGCUGCUGAUGAUGAUGAUGAUGACGAUGACGGUGUCUUUCUAUGCGUACUAAGAGUGAGUAAGCGAAUCCAGUGUGAGUUGGAAGCGAUUCGAAAAUGUUACUGAUGUUGCCAUCAUUCUCCGGACAUUCCGUACAGCAAAUGGAAGUCUGUCUUUAUACCCAUUCCUAUGCGAAUCUUCCACCACGCAUCGACAAACGGGCAUCGUACGGAAACGUCUACUUCCUUUCCAGCGCAAAAGAUCCAAUGCGUGGAUAUCGUCGACUGCAAGUUGUCAUGGCAUUUUGCAGAUCCUACACCACCACCUCGUUGACCUCCUUCGGCAUUCCGUUUGCCGGAAUAUCGGAAAGCACAUCAUCGCGCGCAUCGUGGGCAAUGCAACCCACAGUAGACGGCCACACUACGACGACGACGGCGACGACGACGACGAUGGGCGGUAAAACAGUUUCUCCCCAUAUUUCCGUCCGCCCGUAAACGGGAAAGGGAGAAAAACACGUUCGCAACUUUGGUUCGCCGUGGUUGGCUUCGAAUUACGUGCCUGCAAACGUGUUCAGCAGCACCGGCAGCAGUAGCAUAGGAGGCAUAAGCGCACCGAACAUUGUACCGAGCGUACCUUCUGCAUAUACCCACUCAGCCCAUGUUCGAGCAUCGAGCGAGAGAUCGAGCGGCGAGUCUGCCUCUAGCACACUUAGCGAGCGGUUCCCAACCAAGGCAGGCAACAGCGGGGUUCGCCCAUCUGCCACGGGGGCCUGAGUGCUGCUUUGUACGCAAGCUGACGAAGCCGUGGAGUGAGAAACGUUGAGAAGCGUACAACGAAACCACACAGUUCGAAGCAUUUGGGGAAGUUGUGAAUCGCUUGCUAGUAGCGCCUCUUGGCGGCCGUCGUUGCAUGGUAUCGGCCGAAACGGUCACGACGGAUUUUUCGAGAGCACAUGAUGCGAUGAGUACAACGAGAGGAACCGGUCCUACGUGCAGCUGGGAGCGAAAGCGAGAGAACAACCUCACCGCAGCGCGACAGCACUGGUACCGCAAUCCCCCCGCUCUCGGAUCCUUCGUCAACAGAACAAUCCCAAGCACACAGGUAUCUUUUCUCUCGUCGCUCGUAGCAGCACCAGCACACCAGCUGCCAUGCUAUCGUUUGCGUGCGUACUCUCGCCGUCUAUCAAGAUUGGAUUGGAUGAUGGACUCUGUAGCAGCAGCAGCAGCAGUAACCACCAUCAUCAUAUCCGUUGGAUUCGUGCGAUUCUACCUGCAGCUGUGUCUGAUACGUUGCUACGCUUUGCGGGAGAAUUUCUGCAGUCACAAGGACGGCAACAACGGCCGACGGUUAACGGCAUCUGCUAUGGCUAUGUGUGCAUAGCAAGGCAGACGAAUGAGAGCCAAGUUUUCGAACUCCCGUGCAUUGGACGGCAAUAGCUGUCGGGCGUCUAAGCUUCAUUGGAUUUCUAAUUUUUUAAAGUCUCCUACAUUUUCCGGUUAUUAUGACAUUCGGAGUUAAGCUUGUGGAGAGCCAGGAGUAUUUUAUAGCCAGCUUCUGAAGUUCCUUAAGUUUAGUUUAUGGUAACAACAUUCUUAUUUAGAGAAUUACAAACUCAUUAUAACUAAUUAACUAUUAAAACUAAGAUAACUAAUUAACUAUUCUAUCUGCAUAUAUUAUACAUGUGUAUAUGAUUGUAAUGUUAUAAUAA